CAAAGCAUCACACUGCUGAGGCUAUUGAAACUUACUACCAAAGGUAUGACCUACCUUCCCAUCCCACUAGAAGAUUUACCUGGCUUUGUCUUGUCUAGGUACCUGAAUGGGGUGAUGAAAAAUGCAGCUGCCCCUGUACUACUGGAGCUAGCCAAUGAGGUGGACUUUGCACCAUCAUUGAUGGCUCGAAUUGUGCUAGAAAGAUUUCUACAAGAGCAAGAGGGAACUAUCCCUUCCAAGACUCUUAUAAAUAGUAUGCUGCGGGACCCUUCUCAGAUUCCAGAUGGAGUUCUAGCAAAUCAGGUCUAUCAGUGUACUGUGAAUGACUGUUGUUAUGGACCACUGGUGGACUGCAUCAAACAUGCUAUUGGGCAUGAGCAUGAAGUCCUGCUGCGAGAAAUGCUGCUGGAGAAAAAUCUUUCUUUCUUAGCUGAAGAACAGCUUCGUGCAAAGGGUUAUGACAAAACACCAGAUUUUAUUUUAGAAGUGCCGGUUGCUGUUGAAGGACAUAUAAUUCACUGGAUUGAAAGCAAAGCUUCAUUUGGUGAUGAAUGUAGUCACCAGGCCUAUCUGCAUGACCAGUUCUGGAGCUACUGGAAUAGAUUUGGUCCUGGAUUAGUCAUCUAUUGGUAUGGAUUUAUUGAGGAGUUGGACUGCCAUCGUGAACGUGGUAUCCUGCUAAAAGACUGCUUUCCUACUGAUAUUGUAACUCUGCGACACAGCAUGGCUCAACACUGAUGUUGGAAGAGAAAUUGGGAGGAAAAGGUGAAUCCGGAAGCAAUUUUACUUUCCUGCAGUGUAAACUACUGGCAACAUCUGCCCUGAACUUCAGCUGAACUCCUGCUGCCUGUGAUCACACUACUACCUCUUUAGACAAACAUAUCAAGAGUUUCUGUUUUGCCUCAGCCCUCUGCAGUUGUGAGCGGCCAAAAACUACAGACACAACCCACUCAUUAUCAGCAGUUCUGUCUCUGUCCAACAGUUAGUUUAUAGAUAGUCAUAAUCUUUCUUCCUUCCGGAUGGCUUCUCCUUAAAUACUGAACAAAAGAAAAAAUGUGGAGGCUGAAAGGUGUGACUUUCAAUUCUCCUCCCUGUGUUGUGGAGUCAUCUUGAAGAAAGUGCUUUCUGUUAUCUCUCACAUAACUGUGUUAAAUAUUAAAGAUCUAGCUCAAACACACACACAAGCCAGGAAAUUUGGUUAAGGCUGAAACUCCCCACUGAACACUCACAUUGUGCCUACUUAGUGCAAUUCAUAUAGUAAAAGAAGAUCACAUCAUCGUUAAUGCCUUGUUUGCACUCUGAAUUUCCUGGCUUUUGUAGCGUUAAACCAGACAGCUACUAUUAUUCAAAUAUAAUGAUUGGUGUAUGAAUUUCCUUAUUUUUAUGUUUGCUUAAAAACAAAAGAAUGUGACAUUCAAACUUUUAAGAAUAUUUUUCCUAAAAAAGUCAGCAUUUAUCUUGUCUGUAUAUAUAUUUGGGAAAUUUUGUAGUGCAUAUUAAUGUGUAGUUUUUAAAGUAUUGAAAAUAAUUGAUAAAGCACAUUGUUCUCUUUCAGCAGUUUUGGCAUAUCCUAGAAAUCUCUACUGAUGGAUCUUUUCCUUGGUUGACUUUAAGCAAAUAAUUUGUGUAGAUCUCUGUAGGCCUCAUGAUGUGCAGUUUUCAGGCACAUGAAAUCCAAAAGGACCAUAUAGUGUGAGGGCUCCUUUCUCAUCUUCUUUCUACACUCAUCACCCCAGGAAAGAGGGGCAGUGUUUAGCCUAACUUUUGCUCUUACAGCUAAGAGAUGGUCAGACAAGACAUAUCUCUUUGGGCUGGUAGCAUUUGCUAACACUCAGCCAAGGAAGAAUAAAAUUUUGAGGAAGCUGAUAGAAACACCACAAAUGCUCAACAUCUCUUCUCUAACCAAUCAUAAGAGCCACAUAAAGCUGUAGACUUCAUCUUGGGAAGGGGACUUGAUAAGAAGAGUCAUAAAAACUACCACUCCCAAAGGGAAAUUCCUCUCAGAAUAGGAAGUUGAGUUGCAUACUCAGCUUCUCUUGAGUAACAGAAGAUCUCAGAACCUCAACAGAGAAGCUGUUUGGGAUCCUUAAUAUUUUGAAACUGUGCACAAAUUUUCAAUCCAAAUUAAGAGAUGCAAAGAAAGCAUAUGAACCCACUUUUUAAACUUUAAAACAACCACACAGCUUAUUUUAGAAGAAACUUUCAAAUCUCACUUUUAUACUGAACUUUGUGCCAAGUUUUAGCCUGGAUUUUAUUUAUACGACCAAUUUAGAAAUCUCCUUUUUUUCCCCUCUUUAUAGGAAAAAAUAGGUUUAAUAAUAUUGAUGCAUCCUUUGCUGUACAGUAACUCCUCGCUUAACAUUGUAGUUAUGUUCCUGAAAAAUGCGACUUUAAGCAAAACGAUGUUAAGCUAAUCCAAUUUCCCCAUAAGAAUUAAUGUAAAUGGGGGGGGAGGUUAG